CCACUCCGGUCUCUUUCCCUCUGCCUGCCUGCAUUUCCAAGCCGAGCCGUUGCAGUCUGACCUUCCCAGACUCCUCCAGAUUUCAGAAUGACCAGCUACAAGAGCAGCAGCUACAGCGUGAGGAGUUCCAGCGCCCCGCGAAACUUCAGCAGCAGCUCCUACUCCGGCGGAUCGGGCGGCGGCGGCAUCAGCAGCCGCAGGAGCUACAACGUCAAGAGUUCCUAUGGAGGCAACAGGGGCUUCGGGGGCAUCACCAGCUCCUCCGUCUACGGCCUGAACUCCAGCAUGGGCGGAGGCGGCGGCAUGGGCAUGGGCUUCGGGGGCGGCAUGGGCGGUCAGGCCCCCAUCACCGCCGUGACCGUGAACAGGAGCCUUUUGGCCCCCCUGAACCUUGAGAUUGACCCCAACAUCCAAGUGGUCCGCACCCACGAGAAGGAGCAGAUCAAGACCCUCAACAACCGCUUCGCUUCCUUCAUCGACAAGGUCCGCUUCCUGGAGCAGCAGAACAAGAUGCUGGAGACCAAGUGGAGCCUGCUGCAGGGUCAGACCACCACCCGCUCCAACAUCGACGCCAUGUUCGAGGCCUACAUCUCAAACCUGCGCAGGCAGCUCGACGGCCUGGGCAACGACAAGAUGAAGCUGGAGGCCGACCUGCACAACAUGCAGGGCCUGGUGGAGGACUUCAAGAACAAGUAUGAAGAUGAGAUCAACAAGCGAACAGAGUGCGAGAACGACUUCGUCCUCAUCAAGAAGGAUGUCGACGAGGCCUACAUGAAUAAGGUUGAGCUGGAGGCCAAGCUGGAGAGUCUGACAGACGAGCUCAACUUCCUGAGGUCGAUCUAUGAUGAGGAGCUUCGUGAGCUCCAGGGACAGAUCAAGGACACUUCAGUCAUCGUGGAGAUGGACAACAGCCGCAACCUGGACAUGGACUCCAUUGUGGCUGAAGUCAAGGCCCAGUACGAGGACAUCGCCAACCGCAGCCGCGCCGAGGCGGAGACGUGGUACAAAAGCAAGUAUGAGGAGAUGCAGACGUCCGCCAGCAGAUACGGAGAUGACCUCAGGUCCACCAAGACAGAGAUCUCAGACCUCAACCGCAUGAUCCAGAGACUGACAUCAGAGAUCGAUUCCAUCAAGGGACAGCGCGCCAACCUGGAGGCCCAGAUCGCCGAGGCAGAGGAGCGCGGGGAGAUGGCAGUAAAGGACGCCAAGUCCCGCAUCAGGGACCUUGAAGAAGCCCUGCAGAGAGCCAAGCAGGACAUGGCACGCCAGAUCAGAGAGUACCAGGACCUGAUGAACAUCAAGCUGGCUUUGGACAUUGAGAUCGCCACCUACAGGAAACUGCUGGAGGGAGAGGAGGAGAGGCUGGCGACCGGCAUCAAGUCCAUCAACAUUUCCCAACAGAGCACAAGCUAUGGUGGUUUCCCCAUGGAGAAGAGCAGCUACUCAAGUGGCUACUCCAGCGGUUUCAGCGGCGGGUACGGCGGCGGAUAUGGCGGCAGCAUGAGCGGCGGUAGCAUGAGCGGCGGUUACAGCAGCGGCGGCUACAGCAGCGGCGGCGGCUACAGCAGCGGCGGCGGAUUCAGCAGCGGCAGCACCGGCGGCGGCGGCAGCUACAGCACCACCCAGAGCAAGAAGAACGUUGUGAUCAAGAUGAUCGAGACCCGGGACGGCAGGGUGGUGUCCGAGUCCUCCGAGGUCAUGGAGGAGUGAGCCGUCAGGUUUAAAGGUGUAGCUACCUGUCUGCUAUUAUCGCCUCUGCCUGUCUGGUAGUUUUAUACUUACAGUUCAACCCCCCCACCUGUACCCCCCCCCCUCCCCCCAACUAUGAAGUAAAACGCUUGCCGGCCACUCUCCAAACAUUUCCAUGAAGCAAUAAAUGAUCCUAACACUACCAAAGAUCUGAAAGGGACCAAAGAAGUUAUUUUGUAUGUCUGAUUGUCUGAACUAAAAAAAGUAGUAGUAGUGUCACAGAAAGUGAGAUAAAAACUGGGCAAAUUGCAACUAGGAAAAGUAUAUAUAUAGAUAUAGAUAUAUCUAAAAAUAUAUAACACUCCCUUGAAAUCUAUGCAACAGCAAUUCCAUGAACAAAGGGCUGUUUCCUUCAACGCGGCGAUGCAUCGACAGUGGUGUCGUCAAAGGAAUGUGAACGUACUGAAACAGUGCUCCAGCUUUGUUGGUCAACGGUGUCUUAAAAAAAAAGGCCUCCUGCAGCAGGUAGUGCAUGUCUUGCCUUUGCUUGUCCUGUAACUGAAACUGUUCGACCCCUUAGGAGGCUGCCCCGCUCAUGCUGUUGUCCUGUGGUGCUGUUUUUGCUACCAAAUAAAAAAAACGUGUUUACUGAAGGAA